AUGAUCAACAGCGAAUCAGACGGACUGGACUGCCACUCAGACGACCUGGGCAGCCACUCAGACGACCUGGGCAGCCAAUCAGAUGACCUGGGCAGCCAAUCAGAUGACCUGGGCAGCCAAUCAGAUGACCUGGGCAGCCACUCAGACGACCUGGGCAGCCAAUCAGAUGACCUGGGCAGCCAAUCAGAUGACCUGGGCAGCCACUCAGACGACCUGGGCAGCCAAUCAGAUGACCUGGGCAGCCAAUCAGAUGACCUGGGCAGCCAAUCAGAUGACCUGGCCAGCCAAUCAGAUGACCUGGCCAGCCAAUCAGAUGACCUGGCCAGCCAAUCAGACGACCUGGGCAGCCAAUCAGAUGACCUGGGCAGCCAAUCAGAUGACCUGGGCAGCCAAUCAGAUGACCUGGCCAGCCAAUCAGACGACCUGGGCAGCCAAUCAGAUGACCUGGGCAGCCAAUCAGAUGACCUGGGCAGCCAAUCAGAUGACCUGGGCAGCCAAUCAGAUGACCUGGGCAGCCAAUCAGAUGACCUGGGCAGCCAAUCAGAUGACCUGGGCAGCCAAUCAGACGACCUGGGCAGCCAAUCAGAUGACCUGGGCAGCCAAUCAGACGACCUGGGCAGCCAAUCAGAUGACCUGGGCAGCCAAUCAGACGACCUGGGCAGCCAAUCAGACAAACCAAGAACAAUAAUCACAAGAGUCUAA